UUGCAUUAUAGCUUCCUAAAGCUUUUUGCCUUACCUUUUCCAGGUUUGAAGUGUGUUUGUCUUUUGUGUGACUCUUCAAACUUUACCUGCCAAACAGAAGGAGCAUGUUGGGCUUCCGUUAUGUUAACCAACGGAAAGGAACAGGUGAUCAAGUCCUGUGUCUCUCUCCCAGAAUUAAACGCGCAAGUCUUCUGUCAUAGUUCCAACAAUGUUACCAAAACGGAAUGCUGCUUCACAGAUUUUUGCAACAACAUAACUCUGCACCUUCCGACAGCAUCACCAAAUGCCCCAAAACUCGGACCUGUGGAGCUGACCAUUAUUAUUACUGUGCCAGUUUGCCUCCUGUCCAUAGCUUCACUGCUGACAGUAUGGGCAUGCCAAGGUCGACUGUGCACCUACAGAAAGAAAAAGAGACCAAACGUGGAGGAGCCCCUUUCUGAGUGCAAUCUGGUCAAUGCUGGGAAAACUCUAAAAGAUCUGAUUUACGAUGUGACUGCCUCUGGCUCUGGCUCUGGUCUGCCUCUAUUGGUUCAAAGAACAAUUGCAAGGACGAUUGUACUUCAGGAAAUAGUAGGAAAAGGUAGAUUUGGUGAGGUCUGGCACGGAAGAUGGUGCGGGGAAGAUGUGGCUGUGAAAAUAUUCUCCUCUAGAGAUGAAAGAUCUUGGUUUCGAGAGGCAGAAAUUUAUCAGACCGUUAUGCUGAGACAUGAAAACAUCCUUGGUUUCAUUGCUGCUGACAACAAAGAUAAUGGAACUUGGACUCAACUUUGGCUUGUCUCUGAAUAUCAUGAACAGGGCUCCUUAUAUGACUAUUUGAAUAGAAACAUAGUGACAGUGGCUGGAAUGAUCAAACUGGCACUUUCAAUAGCUAGUGGUCUGGCCCACCUUCAUAUGGAGAUUGUUGGUACACAAGGUAAACCUGCUAUUGCUCAUCGAGAUAUAAAAUCAAAGAAUAUCUUAGUGAAAAAAUGUGAAACUUGUGCCAUAGCAGACUUAGGGUUGGCUGUGAAGCAUGAUUCAAUACUGAACACUAUUGACAUACCUCAGAAUCCUAAAGUAGGAACCAAAAGGUACAUGGCUCCUGAAAUGCUUGAUGAUACAAUAAAUGUGAAUAUCUUCGAGUCCUUCAAACGAGCUGACAUCUAUUCUGUUGGUCUGGUUUACUGGGAAAUAGCCCGGAGGUGUUCAGUUGGAGGAAUUGUUGAGGAGUACCAGUUGCCUUAUUAUGACAUGGUGCCUUCAGAUCCCUCAAUAGAGGAAAUGAGGAAGGUUGUCUGCGACCAGAAGUUCCGACCAAGUAUUCCGAACCAGUGGCAAAGCUGUGAAGCACUCCGAGUCAUGGGGAGAAUAAUGCGCGAGUGUUGGUAUGCCAAUGGGGCAGCCCGCCUAACCGCCCUCCGGAUUAAGAAGACUAUUUCUCAACUUUGUGUCAAAGAAGACAGCAAAGCCUGAUGAUGAGAAUUGUGUUAAAAAGAAACCUCGCACAUCUUUCUUUCUCAUUUUUCCUUUUUAUGUGAAUUUUUUGGCCUUUGUUUUGUCAUCGUUGCUGUUGUUCUACCUCAAAGAUAAUGCAGUGCAGUAUUUAAGUGCCCAAAGGCACCAUGAAAAAAUAACUAAAGUCAAGUAUGGGCUGGAGUUGACUUCAUCCACUCCCCAUGUUGUCUUUAAUUUUAUUUUGAAAAGCAACACAUCAACUCAUCUUUUUAUUUAAGAAACAUAUUACAAAAGUGUAAAAUAAGCUAUAUGAAAUAAUGAAAGUUAUUAAGGUUUUAUUUUACUUGAAUCAGGAGCACAUGAAUGAAUAGAAAAGAAAAUAUAAAAGCCCAUUGUUUUUUCCUGAGAUGAAAACACUUUUGUUAAAAAUGUGGCCUGGAGGAUGUUAUAUCUAAACAAAACUUUAGAUCAUAGAAUCUGUGGUUUUCUCUUUAAACAGGAUCUUUUAAAAAUUAAAUAUUGCUCUGAACUUUAGUAUACAAAACAUGUAAAAGUAGUGCUGCUCAGGUGGAAGAUGGAAGGGAGAUCAGAUCACUUCCUUGGUUUCUCCUUCCCUGUUCUCCUCUUCAUAAUCCACCACCACAGCAGCCCCUGAGGCAAACAGUUGGGAAGUCACAAGGUUGUUACUUUCUCUUAUUUUCAAAUGAGACACCUGACACCUUGAGACAUUGACAGAUGUCCCAAAGUCACAUAGCUAGUGAUAGAGCUGGCACUAGGUCCAAAUCUUAUGAUAAUCCACAUGAUAGUUAGCUAGCUUCCUACUUUCCCUUUAAUUCCUAUAGCAGUUUUUCUCCCUAUGGAGAAACAACAUCUUUCAUGACGGAAUUUGUGGUUUAGUCAAACGGAAGACAAAUUAAGUUAUUUUGCAGAAUCAUAAUGGAUCUGUAUGAACUCUCAGGACAAUAUCCACUGACAUUUUCCUCAUAGAAAUUCCAUAGUCACCCUAUUUGUUAGAUGAGUUUUAAUGUUCUCUGAAUACUUCCAGACAUUAAUCAGUCAUAAGGUCAUAAAUUGUCAGAGAUGUCUUUAAGAUGUAUUGCAGAGGUCCCUACUACUUUUGUACAUAUACAUUUAGAAAGAGAAGAACAGAAAAGGAAGAGGCUACUAGGGGAUAUUUUGAGGAAAAAUUAAGAAAACUCUUAAAUGAAAUAUGAUAACCAAACCCAAGCAAGGGUUAUCAGUAAAGAGAUAUUCCCUUACCCUUUCAAAAUGAGCAAUGGGUACAGAAGGCUCAUGAUAAUUUUGCUUUUAUUCUAUUUCCUGUGGAGACAAAAGUGAUGCAUUCUGAAUAAUACAUGGAACAUUAAAUAUUUCCUUCAAAUCUAUAAUUCUGCUUUGGUGAAGGAAGAUUUAACAUGGUAUCGUUUAUUGUUCUAAAACAUUGUUUCCUAAACUCUGUUCCUUAGAAUGCUCUUCUGAGAUGAUCAAAGACCAAAAGUGUUCUUUGAUAGAUUUUUAGAAAGUGAUACCGCAUAUUAGUAUAUUAUGUGCUUUGAGGAGUCUAGCAGUAAAAAAAUGUUACUUGAAUUUCUUUAACUGGAUUUUCCAAAUUAUUUGACCAAUGGAACUCUUUUAUAAAAAACAGGAAACCUUUUACUAGCCCACAUUUUAGUUUCUACAAAGCAUGACUUGGGUAACAAUGUUCUAAAGGAUAUACCUGUGUAUUAUCACAUAGAGUACAAUCUAGUGAUUACACUUCAUUCCACUAUGGAAAUGUGUUACUAAACCCAUCUUCAUUUGACUAGGAUGAGAUAUCAAAGGCAAAAAUCUGACAGCUGUGGUUUACAUAUACCUUCAUUCUCAUUCAUGCAAUUAUCCAUUCAUUACAAAAUGUGGGGCACUGCAUAUCUUCCUUGCCACAAUUUUGGGUUCAACAGGGAAAUUAAAAGGUGGAUAGGUUCUGCCCUCAGGGAUUUUAAAGUCUAAUUUGGGAAUGGGAACAGGGAUGUGGGUGUGUAGGGGAAGUAAAUUGACAAAUGUGAGGAUGUCUUGAAUUCUAUAUGACCGUGGGUUUCAAAAAUUGCUCUUAAUUUGCAGCACAUGUAGGAAGUAUCUUUAUUGGUUAUUCGAGACAAUCUAAAUUAUGUAAUCAAUUUUUUAAAGUGCAUAUGGGAAGGAAUUCUAAAAAGAGCUUCUGUGAAGGAGUAAUCUUGCUUGUGCUUGUUACCUUGGUUUCUCAUAGAUUGUUUCUGCAUAUAUGAGAAUGAAAUUAUUUAUUUACUAUGAUUGUACUAUAGUUUCAUAAAAACAAGAGUAAUAUUUCCUCUUUUAUUCACAUAUGAUGGGGGAAUAUACUUAUUUAAUUUUUGAGAGAAGGUGUUUUAUAAUCUCCCAUUUUCCUUGACAUUAUGUUUUAUAAUCUAUUUGAAGGUGUCCAAAUAUAAUUCCAUAUUUUUUAUUGAGUCAACUUCCACUGUAGAGAAAUCUUUACAUUUUGAGAUAUUUUUCUUGUUUUUGUGUUUGUUAACUAUAACUCCUAAAUGAAUAGUCUUAUAUUUCAAUUUCCAAAUGCAUUUUUAAAGAAAGAGGGUAGGUUAACAUAAAUUAUAAGAAAAAGUUAAAAGUUUUAAUUUUUCCUUAACUUUCAGAAUGAUUAUAAAUAGAAAAUGCUCAUUUACAGGAAUAUGAUCCAGUUUAGAGCAUUAGGCAAAUUUACUGUAUAUAACCUAUGCUGUUAAACUUUACAUUAUUUCUUUUUAAUGGAGUCAUUGUGUAAUAUUUAUUUCUUUUGAAUUGCGUUACAAGCAAAAAAUAUUCUUAGGCUCAAAGUGUCAGUGUUCUUUGCUCCUUUCAAAUAUUUUGGCUUUGGGUAUAACGUGAAGCUUGGGAAAAUGCUAUUUAUGAAAUUUCAGUACUGUAUAAAGUGGUGAUGGGACUUAUAUGCAGCAUCACUUCCUUAAACUAAGGGAAACAUCAUUUGUUGUCAAUAUUUCAGCAUGAACUUGUUGCCUUAUAAGCUAAGCAUUUAAGUGUGUAAUUGGUACAGAUUCUGUUGUGUGCUUUCUUCUGUCUAAAAUAUUUGGCAUGUCACAUCUAGAAUUCUUAAUUUAUGUUCUGACUUGAAAGUUAAGUGAAACAUGACUGUGUCGUGCACUAUUUUAGGUAUAGCACUUGCUUCUCAUCUUUAUACUUUCAAUUAACUUUGCAUUUUAAAUUUCCAUGAUUAUAUGAAAAUAGUAACCUGAUUGCAGUGUCUGAAGACUUCAAAAUCAGCUUUUAUUUUAAAAUGAAAAUCUACAAUAGAUUCACUAGGUUAGACGCUCCAUAAAAAUUUAUUAUUUGUAAUAUUUCUACCUUAGUAGAAUUAUUAAAUAAAACAAAAGAAAACUACUUCUACUAUGCUGGAUUUUUGCCACCAUGUGACUUAUUGGGGCAGAGAAAACUCAGGGCUAUCUUAGAAUUUAUGCAGAAGUACCAGGGAAACUACUUAGCAAAUCAUCUGAAGACAGGGAGCUCACAUUUGCCAUUAUAUAAAGUUCAACUUAAAAUUACUUAGCAGGGAAUAGUUUCUGAUUAAUUAUUUAAAAUAAAUACGGAAAUGUAAUUCAUUUACAAAAAUUUAUUUAAAGUCUGGACAUUUUAUUUCCCACCAGGAAAUUAAGAAAGUAAAAAUAGCAAAUGAGUGAAGGUGAUGGUAGUUGAUGCCUUCAAUAAUUGUUCCUUUAAAUAAAUUUACAAGUACAACAUUAUAAGUUAUUUGGAAAUGUUUAAGAAUUAGUAUCUUAAAAUGGUGUCAUUGUGGUUUCUGAAGAGAUUCUAGAUAUUUUUUCUUUUGUGAAACAUAUUCUUCUGUGUUUGAUAAUGUUUUGUAUUAGCUCCCUCCCCAAGCUAAUACCUACAUGGACUUGAUGCAUUAUUUAGUGAAGACAGUAAUCCCUUUGCUCCUGAGGGCUUCUUCUAAACAGAAAAAAUGUCAGUUGGAAUACAAAAAUUUCAUUAAAAUGUUAAUAUUAAAUAGAAUUUCUAUAGUAUAGACAAUUUUUCAAAGUGUUUUAAUACAAAUUUUCAUAUAUUUGGCUUUCUUUUCUCCCUCUAGCUUUUCUUUUAUGCUUCAUUAUUUUUCUCAUCUCCUUUUAAAAUAUUCCCUCACUGUCUCCCAAAAUUAUCUUUAGUCUCUAAUUAAAAAAAACCAAAAACUAGCUACUAUUUACCUUAAUCAUUUUACUAUUUAGCCUUCUAAUAAAGGGAGAAUCCCUUGGUGGUCUAAAUUAGUUUAGUGGUGUCACAGACAAAAACCAAACCCAGUAUUUGGGAACUGUAAAGGAUGUAAGAGAUUUUAUAAUUCAAUUCCCAUAUUUUGUUAGAUGAAGAAACUGAAGAUCAGAGAUUAAAUGACCGCUAGUUAUUAGCAGAACUAAUGUGAGAAACCAGUGGUGACAUCUACCACACUGCCCUGCCACAUCCAACAUUUACUAAUUAAAAAAUAAUUAGCAUCCAUGUACACCUACGUUGAAUGUAAACUAACAUGCCAUUUAAUGGUGAUGAUCAAAUCCCCCUUCUCUUUUUAUUUCUGCUAAAAUAUUCUGCACACUCAUGGUGAGAUCAGUGAGUAAAACUAAAAUAAUCUAAGGAAGAGUUGUAAAAUAGUUGUCCAGCUAGGUAGGUGACCACUGGAGUGCUGAAUAAAAUUUAGAAAUUGUGAGAAUAUAGAAUUUCUUAGUGCAAGUAGUGAUAAGAGAUGCUUCAUGACUUCUUUCUAUAAGGAUUGUUCUUUAUAUGCACUGGAGUGGGAGUGAAAGAUGAUUUGGUAGUUGAACGUGGGACCAUGUGUAAGUAGCACAUUAUCUUACUUCUUUCUUAGUUUCUCAUUAGUUCAUCCUCGGCAUUCACAUUCUUUCAGUGCAUUAAAAAAUAUCUUUGCUAGAUUUCAUCAAUUCCAAUCACUGUUCUUUUAGUAUUCUAGCUCCUGUUCAGAUUACUACACACUGAACCUCUUAACAAGAUUUUAAUCUCCCGUAUCCACAUAUGAGAGCUUUCAUCUCAUGCCUUCUGGUACUUUUUCAUUAGCAUUAUGAAGAGUGUAUUUGUUAACGGCAGAGAAGACUUUCUUUUAAAUUUUAAAAAGACUAAGCAGUCUAGGUAUAUUCUAGCUUUUAGCUAACAUACAAGGGAUGUCUACUUUUGCCUUAAUGAUAAAUUCCACCUAAGACGUAGAUUGGACAGAGAAUGUGAAAUAUAUGUCCCAUAAUGUGAUUGCUAAAUUUCUUUCUGCUAUAUUUCAUACUAUUGCUUUGUUUUGCUUUGACUGUCUUAAAAUUAAGCCAUUAUGCUAUAUGGUUUGGAAUAUAUUAUAUUGAUGUUAGGUAAUAAUCCCCAUUUAAAAAGUCCCUCUAUUAAUAUAACUUCCAGGAUACUUCUUUUUUUUUUUUUUUGCGGUACGCGGGCCUCUCACUGCUGUGGCCUCUCCCGUUGUGGAGCACAGGCUCUGGACGCGCAGGCUCAGCGGCCAUGGCUCACGGGCCCAGCUGCUCCGCGGCAUGUGGGAUCUUCCCGGACCGGGGCACGAACCCGUGUCCGCUGCAUCGGCAGGUGGACUCUCAACCACUGCGCCACCAGGGAAGCCCUAGGAUACUUCUUAAUUAAGUUGUAGAUUAAUACAACAUUUGGGAGAAUAUGAGCUCUAUCUAAUCCUAGAUUUUAAUAUUUUCAGAUAUGACUAAUUUUUUUUUAUCAUUGGUCAAUGUUAUCCUACAAGAAGUUUUUCUCUCCAUAACUAACAGUUUUAACUGCUAGAUUUUUACUCUGGGCUACAUGAACAUGAAUACUAGCAUAGCCACUAACAAUCCAACUGUAUUAGGGAAAUUAACCUUAUGCUGAGUGUCACCAGAUCCAGCUGGGCGUGUGCUUUGCUAGAAUCCUCUCAGGUGAGGGGUAGGUAGGGGCUGAACUCCAACCUGCAAUUGCAGAAAUAUUUUUAUAGUUUGCAGAAAAGCACCGUAUUAGCUUAUAUAGCUUUAGAAACGGGCCUGCUUACACAUCUUCAGAAAAUGAGAACUAAAACUUCAAAAUGGUUCCUGAUAAUCUGCAAGUUGAGAACUUGGAAAAAAAAAUACUUUAGAUUUUCAUCCUACAUUCCCAAGAGAGCAAAAGAGAUUGCAUGUUUAUCUUGUUGAUUUAAUUUUUCAACCCAGACAAUAGGUAGCAAGACACAUGGACCCUAAUUUUUAUAUCUCCAUAGAGUUUUUAAUUCCACACCCAAACCUAUUUGCUGACUUUGCCUUUAAAAAGGCAAUUAUGUGCCUAAAUUCUAACUAAUGCAGGAUUAGAGUGAUAUUUACCAAUAUCUCCAUUUCCUCCAGUAGGCUAAAUACAAGUAGUUAAAUAUUUUUGAAAAUCCAACUCUUUUUUCUCUUUAUAUAAAGGAAGGUUAUUUUAGCCAACAUACUAAAUUCUAGUUCAUUUCCACAAUGACUAGUGUUCAGCUUUUGUACUCUUCUGAUCCUAGACUGGAGAAGAUUAUUCAAACUUAAUCUGUGUUUCAGAUUUUAAAAUAUCCUAAAAACAGAAAAUUAGAUUCAGAUCUCGAAAAAAGUAAUUUUGGAUUGACUUUCAAAGUACUAAUACUAAUUAUACUUUUCUUUUGGUAGUGUGACUUUUCUUAUACCUAAGAACAUAUUACAAAUGUCAAAACCAUUGCAUUUUGACAUUGCAAAGCAUGCCUUGAACUCUUGAACUACUGUGAAAAGAAUCACUGUUGUAAAGACAUUGUAAGCUAGCUGAAAUUCUUAAGAAUGUAAAAAGAUAUUACCUUUCAACAGACAGGCACAAAUGAAUGUAUAUAAGAAAUAUGAAGAAAUAAAUUAGGUUUUAAAAUGAGAAAUAGGCAAUAAAUUGUAUAAAAUAUAUGUAGAUGGAAAUUUUAGUAGUUGCAAUUUAAUCAUUGAUGCUGAAGAGAAUUCCAAAUUCCAAAGAGAAAUGAAUGACAUUCAGAGGUUUCAUUAAUUUCUAGCCGGUGGAAAUAUGCAUUUUAUAGUAAUAUAUGUAUACUUAUUUUGUUUAAAAAUAACAGUAUUUUAGAAUUUAGUAUGAACUCAGUGAUAGCCUUCAUACCAAAUGUUUAACUUUACCAAAAGCAAGUCAUAAAAGUAUUUAUUUUAAAGCUUUUAAAAAUAUUAUUGCAUAACUUUCAGUUGCCUCCAGAUGUAAAUAGGUAUCUGCCUGAAUGUUAUAUUUUUAUGUAUGCAUUUUCCAAAAAAGUAUUGUUUUGUAAAGUGGCAAAAAUAAUAAAUUAAGCACUCCUUGAACUUGUUUCUGUGAAGCAUAUAGAGCUCUAUUUUAAAUAAAAAGAAAA